AUGUCCAAAGCCAACCACCAUGAGUUAGAUCUUGAUAAUUUGGACUUUAGACGUACUUAUACGUUUGAAGAGUUCGAAUUAGUCAAUGAACAACUAAAGACACGCACCUUGGAGAUUGAUGGAAACCCAGUAGAUCUGUUUGAAUUCAAUAAAGGAAAACUCAUACCAAUGCCACAAAAUCCAGUAAACAAGGAAGCUGUUGCUGGUGAAAUAUUUGGCCAACUUAGAACAUGGAAUGGUGGAUUUGAUUUCGACAUUUCUGGUCAACGAACAAUUCGUGCACCUGAUGUUGCAUUUAUUCCAAAGAAUAUUUACCGUUCACUUGAUCAUCAACAACAAUGGUCCUUCAAAGGCCAGUCAUUUACACCCACAUUCAUUGUGGAAGUCGCGGUUGUCCGAGAAGGUUACCAAGAAUUUAAUGAUUUAGAUCAAAAAUUCAGAGAAAUUUACUUUGCAACGAGUUCAUCAGUUGAUCUUGGUUGGUUAGUGGACCCAAAGAAUAAGCAAAUAUAUAUUUACAGACGGAGGGUUAGUGGGGUUGUCUAUCGAACUUCACACGGCUGGAAUAAUGUAAAUGGUGGUAGUGUUUUACCGGGAUUCACACUUGAAGUGCAGAAAAUUGAUGAUACAAUUUCACAGGAAUCCUCAGAAUCAUCAUCAUCAGAUGAAGAAUUGCAAAUUAAUUGCCCGGAAUGUGAAAUAACAUUCUCUGAUCGGUAUACUUUUAUGAAACACUAUGAAAAUAGCCAUGCUCGAAGAUGGCGUAAAAGAGAAUAG